CACAAUUCCUUCGUCUCUUUUCACAUAAAUAUUCCAUCACUACUCAGCAUUUUCUUUUCUUCCUUUCUUUCUCCCCAUUCUUCUUUGUGAACACAAUAUUUUUCAAGCCACUGAACUCAUAAUUCAUAAUCACAUAUAUAUUUAACACUUAAACCAUCUCACUCUUACGAGUGCAAGAAAUAUUAUCUACACUUCACAAACAUUCUUCAACUCCCCGCGUGUUUCUGACAUUUAAGGUUAUAGUUUGAUCAACUUGAAAAGCAGAAAAAAAAAUGAUGAAUAUAUUUUCGGUGUCUGCUGCUGUUUCUUCUGCUUGCAAGCCUAUGGUGAGAUUCCAACCGCCACUAAUGGAUAAUGAUAAUUUAAGGUUUCAACAACAUCGUAAAGAGAAAGUUGUCGUUGUCAUGGGUGCUACCGGAACCGGGAAAUCCAAGUUGGCUAUAGACUUAGCAAACCAUUUUCCACCGGCAGAGAUUAUCAACUCCGACAAAAUGCAAGUGUACAAAGGACUUGACAUCACAACAAACAAAGUCACCGAGGAAGAGUGUCGUGGGGUGCCACAUCAUUUACUUGGAACUAUUGAUCCUGAUUCGAGUUACGCAAUGGACGAGUUUUGCGAAGACGCGACUCUCGCUAUUGGUUCUAUUCUGGGGAGAGACGGGUUACCUAUUAUAGCAGGUGGGUCGAAUUCGUUCAUUGAAGGCUUGGUUAAUCACCACCAUGAGUUUCGUAUGAAGUACGAGUGUUGUUUUCUCUGGGUGGAUGUUUCUAUUCCGGUGCUUCAUUCGUCUUUAUCGGCACGCGUGGAUCGCAUGAUUGAAGCGGGUCAAGUUAAUGAAGUUCGUGAGUUUUUCAACCAAAAAGAUUUUGAUUAUGAUUAUACAAGAGGGAUACGAAGAGCCAUUGGAGUACCUGAGUUUGACGAGUUUUUUAGAGCGGAGUCAGAAGGUGUAACAGAUGGAAGAACUAUGAAGAAGCUUCUAGAAGUCGCUAUUGAUGCUCUUAAAGUGAAUAACUGUAUGCUUGCGAGUAAACAAGUGAAGAAGAUUCAUAGGCUUUAUGGUAUGUGGAAGAGGAACAUGCACCGUCUUGAUGCUACGGAGGUUGUUCUUAAGGAAGAUAAUUGGGAGGAUCGUGUGUUGGCGAAGAGUCUUAGGAUUGUUCAUAAGUUUCUAUACGAGGAUUGUUCACGUGUCACAAGUGGUGGUAAUGGUGGUGGUGGUAAUGGUGGUGUUAUUGUGCCUGCAAAAAUUGCGAGUGUGGCAGGGGUAACCCAUUAGAGGUAGGGUCGAGCCAGCAAGAGAAGAAUCAAAAAUAUAUAUUAUUAUAUAGAUGAAACCACACCACUGACAUUACAAUAUUAUUUGGCAUUCCCACAUAUUUUUUUCUUAUUUUUGGUUUCACUCCACUCCCCUUUCGAAAGGGUCAUGUCAUUGGUAGUAAAAGGUUUACUUGUAUACUACUUACUAGCGGUUGCUAUACAUAAAUAUAAUAUAUUAUCCUUUUUUUUUUAAUUAUACUAGUUGACAGUUCUUAUAGAGGGGUGCUAUGCUUACACUAAAAUCUU